AGUUCUCUCUCUCUCUCUCUCUCUCUCUCUCUCUCUCUCUCUCUCUCUCUCUCUCUCUCUCUCUCUCUCCGUUUGCUCUACAAGUCGCCGCCGUCAACCUCCACGGGGCCGACCACUACGCAACUUCUCUCGCUGCCGCCGCUCUAUAUUCCAGUUUCUCUUUGUGAAGGGUUCUGAAUACGCUACUGGCCAUCGCAUAAAGUUUUCAGGUUUUGAAUUGUUAGAGGCUAGGCUAUAGAGAGAAAUGCAGCACCAUCAUAGGCUUCUCAUACUGUAUGCAACUCAAACCGGCAAUGCAUUGGAUGCUGCUGAACGUCUUGCUCGUGAAGCCGAACGAAGAUCCUGCCCCAACAAACUUCUUUCUCUUCAUGAUUAUGAUCCUAGUCUAUUACCUCAGGAAGAGGCUGUCAUUUUUGUGGUUUCUACCACAGGCCAGGGUGACGCCCCUGAUUCCAUGAAGAUCUUUUGGAGGUUUCUUCUUCAAAGAAAUCUCAGCAACCAAUGGCUAAAAGGGGUUCAUUACACUGUCUUCGGUUUGGGUGAUUCUGGUUAUCAGAAGUACAAUUUUGUUGCAAAGAAGCUGGACAAAAGAUUAAUGGACCUUGGAGGAACAACUAUUGUAGAAAGAGGCUUGGGAGAUGAUCAACAUCCUUCAGGCUAUGAAGGUACUCUUGAUCCUUGGAUAUCUUCUCUAUGGAGAAUGUUAAACAUGAUCAAACCAGAACUAUUACCAAAUGGCCCAGAUGUUGUAAUUCAAGAUACAGUGUUGAUUGACCGACCUAAAGUCCAAAUCUCAUAUCACAAUAUUGAAAAUAUCGAGUCGCGGUUUUCAAGUGCAUCAGAUUUAACGAGUCAUGAUAUUCUUCGGCGUGCUCGUUCAAUGCAUCCUGGAAAUUCUUCUUCUGACAGAAGUGGGCAUCCUGACUGCUUUCUUAAGAUGGUGAAGAAUCUUCCUUUAACCAGACCAAACUUCGGAAAAGAUGUUCGUCAUUUUGAAUUUGAAUUUGUUUCAGAUGUUGUUCAGUAUGACACUGGUGAUGUUCUUGAAAUUCUACCUGGUCAAGAUUCAGCCGCAGUUGAUGCUUUUAUACAACGUUGUAAUUUGGAUCCUGAUUCACUCAUCACCGUGAGUCCCAGAGAAAUGGAUAGUUGCAAUGGACAUGGCUCUAGAAUGCCUGUAAAAUUAAAAACUUUUGUGGAAUUGACUAUGGAUGUUGCUUCUGCUUCCCCUCGGCGGUAUUUCUUUGAGGUUAUGAGCUUUUUUGCAACAGCUGAACAUGAGAAAGAAAGACUUAAGGAUUUCGCUUCGCCAGAAGGAAGAGAUGACCUAUACCAAUACAACCAGAAGGAGAGAAGAACAGUUCUUGAGGUGCUUGAGGAUUUUCCUUCUGUACAAAUGCCAUUUGAGUGGUUAAUUCAAUUGGUUCCUCUACUGAAAACAAGAGCAUUUUCCAUAUCAUCGUCUCAAUCAGCUCACCCUAAUCAAGUACACUUGACUGUGAAUGUUGUGUCCUGGACAACACCAUACAAGAGGAAAAAGAAAGGACUAUGCUCCUCGUGGCUAGCUACAUUAGAUCCUUGCGAUGCCGUGAGUAUUCCUGCCUGGUUCCAAAAAGGUUCUCUUCCAACACCAUCACCCUCACUUCCCCUCAUACUUGUUGGACCAGGAACAGGAUGUGCGCCUUUUCGCGGAUUUAUAGAGGAAAGGGCCUUGCAAAGUAAAACUAGUUACACUGCUCCAGUUAUAUUUUUCUUUGGCUGUUGGAAUGAAGAUGGUGACUUUUUAUACAAGGACUUCUGGCUGAAUCAUUCACAGAAGAAUGGUGUGCUUUCAGAAGCAAAGGGUGGUGGUUUCUAUGUUGCUUUCUCUAGAGACCAACCUGAGAAAAUUUAUGUUCAGCAUAAGAUGAGGGAACACAGUGAAAGGGUUUGGAACCUAUUAGCCGAGGGAGCCGCUGUUUAUAUAGCAGGUUCAUCAACUAAUAUGCCUACGGAUGUAACUUCAGCUUUUGAGGAGAUUGUUUCAAAAGAAAAUGAUGUUUCAAAGGAAGAUGCAGCUAGGUUGAUUAGGGCAUUAGAAAGAUCUGGUAAAUAUCACAUUGAAGCAUGGUCUUGAUGACACUUGACAGUUUUGCAGGCGUCAAAAAGCAGAUUGUAUCCCUACAGCCAGCCUCACAUUGCAACCAGAUUUUGAGGAAUUUUCUCGAGAUUAAUCUAACGAUCUACAGCCAGCUCCAUCGUAAAAGCGGUUUUAGAUGAUAUGGGUUUCUCAAGGAGGUACUAAUAAUACAGUUUUUUAUGUCCAAUUUUUCUUAUUAAGAUUAUUAUUACAUUUGAUUUAAGGAAGUGAUCUUUAUUAUUUCAUUUAUACAUUGUAAAUACUUAACUGGUUUGUGAAUACUGAAUAGUAGUAGUAUUUCGCACACAUUUUGCCAACAGUGAUAUUAGAUUUUGGGUAAUUAUGAAUAUUUCUU